AUGCCAUCUCCACAUCAAUCUUACCAAGCAGCACAAGUUCCUGGCCCGUAUUCUAUGGGUAAUUACGCAAUGUUCACGCAGUCUCAACAUCAACAAUUCAUGGCCCAACAGUUUUAUCCUCAAAUUAAUCAACAAUCUAUGGAUGCUAUGUCUCUGCCGAUGACUAAUGUAGCCCUUCAAGUGCCUGUUAGCGUCGCACCUAGUGUGGCUGUCAAUGUACCUACAAGCAUGUCAUCGCCUCAGCUGCCAGAUUCUAACGCGUCAAGUCUGACCAUGUCACCAACUCCAUCCCAAAUUGAGGCUUCAAUUAAUGGUGACAUCUUAUCUCCUUCACUUUUAGCUUCAUCUCCAAAGAAACCAAAACUUCGCGUCCAUAUUCCUGAAACGAACGAAAAACAGGGCGUUCCUGCAGCUCAACAGGCGGUUCAAGCUGAUGUAUCACCAAAUCAAGAUGAAGCGCCUUCCGAUCCGCAGCAAUCACUAACAUUACAACCUUUACAGACAUCUCGUCCAACUCCGACUACUACUGAUACGGGACCAAAUUCUGGCUUGGCAUCACAAUUCUCUCACAGUUUGCCGUCGCCGUCAACAUUCUUCUCAGAAUUUUAUAAAACGGCCGAACUACCUAGUCCGAUUACUUUUAGCAGUACACCUACUAGCGCCAAUCCUGGAGCAUUUCAUUGGCCGAUUCCUCGGAAUUAUCAACAUCAGCCUUCACCAUUGGCUAAACAUGAAUCGAAUUCUAAUUUACCAAAAAACCGUCCUAUACAGACGGAUGAAGAAGAAAAUAAUGAGCCUGAAAGGAAAAAGAUGAAACAAUAG